AUGCGUUUCCUUUCGUCACUCCUUUCGCUCGCCCUCCUCGCGACGGGUGCUGUCGCAGCUAAGAAGUCGACCACCGAGCGAUUCAACGAGUUCCACGCCAAGCAGACCUCGAACCCGAUCAAGCUCAGAGAUUCUUCAUACAAGUCCCUGACUGCUACACCUCGUGACUACAGUGUUGCUGUUCUCCUGACGGCUGCCGAUGCACGAUUUGCUUGCCAACUCUGCCGCGAGUUUCAACCCGAAUGGGAUCUAGUUGGCAGGAGCUGGGCCAAGGGCGACAAGGCCGGAGAGUCACGCCUGGUUUUCGGCACGCUGGAUUUCACUGAUGGCAGAGAUGUCUUCAUGCAGCUUGGCCUCCAAACCGCCCCUGUCCUCUUGCUCUUCCAGCCUACCCAGGGCCCUCAUGCCGUUGCAAAGCAGGACCCUUUGCGAUAUGACUUCACCAACGGACCCGCGACUGCCGAGCAAGUCCAGAUUUGGCUCGCCCGUCAUCUCCCAGGCCGACCUCAUCCUCCCGUGAAGCGACCCAUUAACUGGAUGCGAUGGAUUUCUGGCAUCACCAUUGUUCUCGGAGGUUCAACUGCACUCUACGUCGCCUACCCUUACGUGCUGCCCAUUCUCCAGAGCCGAAAUCUCUGGGCUUCCAUCAGCCUCAUCUCGAUCCUGCUCUUCACCAGCGGACACAUGUUCAACCACAUCCGCAAGGUUCCUUACGUCGCUGGCGACGGACGAGGUGGAAUUAGUUACGUUGCGCCCGGUUUCCAGCAGCAGUUUGGCCUGGAGACCCAGAUUGUGGCCGCGUUGUACGGUGUCUUGUCGUUCUGCGCUAUUUCCCUGGCGAUCAAGGUGCCCCGCAUCGCUGAUGCCAAGACUCAACAGGUCGCUGUCAUCGCUUGGGGUGGUGUCCUGUUCCUCGUCUACAGCUUCCUUCUCAGCGUGUUCCGCGUCAAGAAUGGAGGUUACCCCUUUUCUCUGCCGCCUUUCAUGUAA